AUUUUUCGCGCGCAUGCGCAUUCGCGUUGUUGAUGACGGGCUAGCCUUAGCACAGUAACUCGGCUGGUUUCCUCCCCAACCUUCAACUUACUGCCUAACUUUGUGUCAGUAAAUUGGUCAGUUGCUGCUAAACCUUCGUUAUUCACCAUGUUACAGUUCCUGGCUGGCUUCACCUUGGGAAAUGUUGUGGGGAUGUACCUGGCUCAAAACUAUGAUGUUCCCAACAUAGCCAAGAAGAUUGAAGCCUUCAAAAAAGACGUGGAGGCCAAGAAGAAGCCCCCAGAGUGACCAAAGCGGGACCAUGCUGCAAGCAAGAACAGAAGAGACUCUGGCGAGAAUCUAUUUAUUGGACAGGGUUAUUAUAUAACAAGCAUACAUUGCAUAAAAGUGUUGAAAAUGUAAAAUAUGUAUGAGAAUAUUAACAGUGCCUGGAACUGCAUUUGUUUCUUCCUUUUAGUAUUAGAGGCAUGUUCUCAUUGUAGCCUAUUUUUAUAAGAUAAAUGGUGCAACAACAAAAAAGACUGGAUUUAAAGAAUAUUAUAACUCACUGGUGGGAUCACUUUAAGUCCAGUAUCAUGGCACUGUUGUCUGGCCUUUUCUGCGACACACUGUGGUGUUUUUUAACUUGCACAUGACGUUCAUUAUCUCCACAUCAGGUGUAAAUAAUGUUCUCCAGAUUGAAUAUUAAUAGAAGCUCUUCUGUGUCGCAUUACCCAAAUUUUAAGCGUUUCCUUCGCAAGCUUCCAGUUUAUCCAUAACUGCCGCCAAACUUUUUAUGACACAAUUCUCAAUCGCUCUGCUUACAAUAAAGUUGUUGAUAAUGAA